GUAACCUUGAGUUACAUGUUUGUCCAUCAAACGCGCAGAAUGUACGGCUGUAGUACACUUUUUUUCAUAAUUGCAGUUAUUAGAUUCCCUUGACUUCAAAGUCAAGCAUCAACAAAUUUUUCAAUCGUAUGUAUCGUAAAAAUGAAGUCAGAAAAUGGUCCCACAAUCCCGUUCAGUUCUGAUGCGCUUGUAUCAAUACUUUCUCACAAUCUAGCAGCUAAUUUAAAACCCCAUCAAGUUUUAGAGCUCAUCAAAAAGCUGUCCGUUAAUUUAACUGGUCAGCAGAAAAUAAAUUUACUCGAACAUCUCCUAGGUUUAACUUCCAUUGGACAUUUUGAAAGCUUACGCUUAGCCACGCAUCUCCAUUCAUCCUGUCAACGUAUGCCCGAUUGUUGUGACUUUGUUACUUGGUUACCAGCGGAAUUAACUUUACGAAUUUUCUCUUAUCUAUCAUGGAAAUCUUUGACAGUAUGUUCAGAAGUCAAUAAAAGUUGGCUAAAAUACGCUCGACAUCCUGAUUUAUAUCGACACUUUUGUAUGCUACCAAAAUGGUCCUCACCUAUUCUAAGAAAACCACAAUUAAUCAAUUGUAUAACAAAAUCCAAUGAACAUAAUUAUCGUGUACAAGAGGAAAAUUCAAAUAAUUUUAUAAGCAAUCAUUUAAAUAUUAAUUGGUUAAAUGUAUUCAAGAAACGUGUGUGUCUAAGACGUAAUUUUCGUUUGGGCAAACAUCGAAUACGUAAAUUUAAUGGACAUAGUGGAGCUGUUUAUUGUAUUGAUUGCGAUGCUUAUCGUAUUGUUAGUGGAUCAGCUGACGCAACAAUACGCGUAUGGAAUAUUCGUACAAAUGCAAAAUGGUCUGUUCAAACACUUCGUGGACAUUCAGAUGCUGUUCGUUGUGUACAGCUACUAUCCUUACCUCAUUACCAAUCAAAUAAUAAUAACAAUAUCGAUGGUUAUUGUUCCUCUCCUCCUGUACAUUGUAUUCACGAAUCAAUUGCAUCAAUACCAUGUUCUUUAUGUAAAUUAGAUACAACUGUUACAUAUCCUAAUUGUUGGGAACCACCCGAAGUACUAUUAAUAUCUGGUAGUGCAGAUACUACUUUAAAAUUAUGGCGUCUUUCUGCAACAUCUAAUUGGUCACGUAUUGCAUGCACAUGUACAUUGCAAGGUCAUACUGACACUGUAAGAUGUGUACAGGCUGAUCAUGAAAAAGUUAUCAGCGGUUCAUAUGAUUGUACGAUACGGUUAUGGAGUAUAAUCAGUGGCCAAAUGAAAAGAAUUUUCCGAGGUCACUCAGCUGGUAUAACGUGUUUAGUGUACAGCGGUAAUUUUUUAUAUUCUGGCUCUUUAGAUAAUACAGUUCGGAUAUGGAAUAUCUCAACUGGUGUAUGUUAUCAUACACUUAUUCGACCAGUUUAUAGAAAUAAUUUGACAGAAACAGCUGUAUUUUCUUCAUCAGUUUCAUGCUUACACUUGGAUUAUUCACAGAAUAGACUUGUUGUAGCUUAUCAUGAUGGUACAGUAUUAGCAAAACAUUUAUCAGCAUUUAAUCCAUUGAUAAAUGGUCAUAACCAUGACAUCAGCCUUACAAAUACUGCUAAUAAUAAUAAUAACAGUAGUAUAACGUGGGCAUUUUAUCCCAGUACAUUAUAUUUAGAUGAAUACUUAUAUAAAACUGAUUAUAAAUCGGGCAGUUUAAUACGAUGUUUAACUGGUGAUGCAUGGCAUAUAAUAUGUGGUUCCGAUGAUAAAUCCAUUAAGGUUUGGCAAGUAGGUGAUAAUAAAUUUGUCCAUAGUUUACAAGAACAUGAAGAUGGUGUAACAUGUGCUGUGAUAUCAGGUUCUGUAAUUAUUUCUGGUUCUUAUGAUAAAACUGUCAUACUUUAUGACUUUGAUGUAAUUUAAGUAGUAUAUACUGUUGUUAUUAUUAUUAUUGACAGUUUUACGUUUUAUCAUAUCAUCUGGUCAUUGGACACUUUUUUUACCUAUUUAAUCUUUUCUUAUUUUAAUGGGUCUUUCUCGAACAAUCUUUUCUUCUUUUAUCUCACAUUUAUUCUUUGUUUCAAUGGUCACUAUAAACUGGAUAUCGUAGUUGGUAGUAGUAUUUCAUUGAUUUUAUUUUACCUUGUCACUGUAUUUUCUCCCUAUGUAUUAUGAAUUUGAGCGAUUCCCAUCCCUUCAAACUAUGUAGUUUUGAUUUUUUUUAAGUAUUUUUUUCGAAAAUGUUGUUACUGAAGUUCGAACUUUAAAAAGAAGAUAUUCUAUUCUUGAUAGUCUGUCACAAAACAAACAAGCUAUCAUUUUAUUAUGUAGGACAUACUCCGAAUUUCCUUUUGUUUUGAGCAUUUUUAUAAUAUUUGUUAAUUUCACUUCAUUGUUGACUUUAUUACUUAUUGUAAGUCUUUGUUUAGUAAAAUUUCUUCAUGUCGUGUUUUGAAUACCUUAGUUUAAUUAUUCUGAUAUGUUUGUCUAAUUCUCUCAGUUUAUUGUUCCGUUAUAAUUGAAGUGAUAUGUUAAAUAUUCGAUAUAGUCGUGUAAUUGU